AGGCUGACAACCUAGAUCGCUCCCCUGGACUUGCCUGACUUUUCCAUUUCAUCCCACCCAGCGAAACCCCCCCUCGCGACGCGGAUGGGAAGCCGGAGGACCCAGCGAGCAUGCGCGACCAUCCCGAGCAUGCUCAGUAGCGCGCACGGCGCCCCGGAGCUUCGCCCCCAAGCUGCGGCCGACGCGGAGAUUUCCGCGGCUUCUGCGGCAGCGACGGGAAGUGAGGCGGCCCGGCCGGGCGACCGCGGCCGCAGAAACACAGGCGGAAGAGUCGCUGAGGCGACGACGUCGUUGAAGGGGGUGGCCGAGGGGGCUGAGUGCCGAGGGGACUCACCCACUCGGAAGCCGGACCCCGAGCCGGGCAGGAUGGAUCACCACCAGGCGGGGACUGGCCGCUACCAGGUGCUUCACAAUGAAGAGGAUAAUUCAGAAUCAUCUGCUGUAGAGCAGCCAUCUACUUCAAACCCAACACCACACACCGUGCAGGCUGCUCCUUCAGCAUCUGGACGUGAGACUGACUCUUCUCCUCCCCCUUACAGUAGUAUUACCGUGGAAGUACCUACAACUUCAGAUACAGAAGUUUACAGUGAGUUUUAUCCUGUGCCGCCUCCUUACAGUGUUGCUACCUCUCUUCCCACGUACGAUGAAGCUGAGAAAGCCAAAGCUGCUGCCUUGGCAGCUGCAGCAGCAGAAACAUCUCAAAGAAUUCAAGAGGAAGAGUGUCCACCAAGAGAUGACUUCAAUGACCCAGACCAGCUCAGAGUGGGUAAUGAUGGGAUUUUCAUGCUGGCAUUUUUCAUGGCAUUUAUUUUCAACUGGCUUGGAUUUUGUUUAUCCUUCUGUAUCACCAACACCAUUGCUGGAAGGUAUGGUGCCAUCUGUGGAUUUGGCCUUUCAUUGAUCAAAUGGAUCCUUAUUGUCAGGUUCUCUGAUUAUUUUACUGGAUAUUUCAAUGGACAAUACUGGCUUUGGUGGAUAUUUCUUGUACUUGGCCUGCUUCUUUUCUUCAGAGGAUUUGUUAAUUAUCUAAAAGUCAGAAACAUGUCUGAAAGUAUGGCAGCUGCUCAUAGAACAAGGUAUUUCUUCUUAUUAUAGAGACUGCAUCGACCAGACAUUCCUUUCUUAUAUCAAUGUGAAAUUUCCAGAUCAUCUGUAUCUGCAACUUCAAUAGGAUAGAAGACUAUUAAACACAGAAGACAAAUUCGUGAAGAAAAUUGAAUUCAUUUCAAAAUUGAAUGGCAGAGUGGUUUAUGCUUAAAAGCCAUUUCUGUUCAUUCUUUUAAAUAUUUAUGUUUCAUUGGUUUUGCAGAGUUGCAUAUGUGCCCAUUUAAAAGAUUUGCAUAGACUUGAAAGAAACCAUACAGUUGUCGCAGUCAAGUCCAGUCACAUUUGAUUAAUCAGUGUUUGAUAUAAUUGAAAGAGUUGAGUGAUAAACAGUCUUCCAGCAUGUAAAUGCCAUUGACUUCUGACCUGACAUUUAGUACAGUAAAAAUGAAAAUUAUUAACCAUGUCAAAUGCUUUAGUUUCUGGCUCUCAGAUUUAUCUAGUAACUCUACAGAGGAAAUAUUCUUUGUUAUAUAUAAGUUUUUUGAAACCUGCAGUGCUGAUUAUUAGAAAGGAUUUGUCAGACUUUUGAACAUGAUAGUUAUAUCAUUAUUUAGCAAAACUUUCUGUAAAUAACCAUGCAAACCAUGCAUAAAUUACUUUCUGCAUUGUUUUCUUAGAAAUUGUACUAGGUAUCUUUCCUUAAUUUAAGUGGACAUAAUAUAUUUAGAAAAUUUGGAUGUUAAAGAUAGUUUUAGGACAAAUUUUAGAAAACGUGGGUAUGCCACAUUUCCUUUAUAAGAAAAUCUUUUUUUCUUUUUUUUAAAAGGACAUGCCAAAAAUGAGAAGCUUGGUUAUUAGCAUUGUCCAUCUUAUAGGUUCUUAGAGGAAGAGAUUGUAUUAGAUAUUAUAUUUAUUUCAUUUAAGACAUUUUUGAAAAUUAAUUUUCUGAAUAAGAUAUUCUUGUUUGCAUUUUAUCUUUUAAAAAACCAAUAAAAAUAUCUUUCAGUAUCAUUGUAAUAUUUUUUUCCUUCAGAUGUUUAGCUUAGCGAAUAAAAACUUGUGCUUUUAAUAUCUUCUUGCUUUCUGAUUGUAAGGUUAAUUUGUAAAAAUCAUUUCCUGAAUCGAGAUACAUGAAAUAUUUGUUUUCAAGUUAUGGAAAUGUGUCUGUGGAAUGUGGGGGUGUGAGUGUGUUGCGAAAGUGUAUGUGAAUAUGUAUUAUUACAACUGGAAUCUAUUUUGCAUUCAUAAGCUACUAUAUUUUGUAAAUCAUUUUAUGGUUCAUCUGUCUUCUUUUCAGUUAUAUCUUUGCUUUUGAAUGCCAAUGUUAAAAAUUACCUUUUAAACUUAAAAAUCAGUUAAUACAACUAUAUAGAACAUUUAAAAUUGAUUGCUUGUUUAUUAUUAGACACCAACUACUAAAAGAUACAUUUAAAACUAUUCAGGGUCAUUUUCCACUUCUGAAAAAAUAAAAUUUAUUAUGCUUUAUAA